AUGCUGAUUAAGGUUAAGACUCUCACAGGAAAGGAGGCAAGUAAUAGCCAAAUGAUGUUUAAUUUCGAUAAUCAUUAUAAAUAUUGGUAUCGGCGGUUCUUACAGAUUGAAAUAGAUAUAGAACCUACAGAUAAGGUAGAAAGGAUUAAGGAAAGAGUGGAAGAGAAGGAAGGUAUACCACCGCCACAGCAGCGAUUAAUAUUUUCUGGCAAGCAAAUGAACGAUGAAAAAACAGCGCACGAUUAUAAAGUCCAAGGUGGAUCGGUGUUGCAUUUAGUACUCGCAUUAAGGGGCGGCUUAUAAUGACAUUCCUCAGUUCGAAAUGUAAUUGUUCGUACCAUGAAAUGUACUAGAUCAGGCACAAAAAUAAUAUAAAAAAUUUCACUUAAACGUGAAAUAAAUAUUUAAAUUAACAAAAUGUAGUCGUAAGGUCCUAGUGUCUACUUUAUCGAUUGGAAAGUUUCUUCGGUUGCGAUUCUACAAUUGUUUUACGAAACCACGGAUACAGGUGUAGACGCGACGGGAUCGUGUCGUAUCAUUACUUUAAUUUCGUUAAAUAUUCGACGUUUUUGUGACAGCGGGACCCGAUCCGAAUUUUAUACAGCUCAUCGAUCGAAUAGAAUGUCGAACAAUUCAAAAGUCUCUUCUAUGAUAUUUGCUGUUAUGAGUGGCCAGACUCCACUUCGUUUUGAAAAAUCGCUUGCAAAUAUUGCAGUACGCGGUAGAGCUUGGCGAUUCCUCGUGUUUCGAUGUAACGUGCCGUAGAAGAGCGUGCGGCGUUGUAAACGAUAUACCGCAUAUAUUGCAGAACGAUCCUGGCGAAUGCAAACUCCAUGGCGGUGUCCUUGUGUGUGGCUCUAUAAAUUUAUUUCUUCUUAUAACUAACUACAAUAAUAUUAUAAUACGCUGCGUGAUGUAUAUUCGAAUCGAGACCUUUUCCGGCAUUGUUCUAUAACAGUUCUUGUAACGCAAAGAACCGUUUCAUUUAGCAACGCUAACACUCACUCAUUUAUGCAGAAUUGUACUCAAACGAGGAAUAAAGUAUUAAGCUAUCGAUGCAAA